GCCGGAGCCGGUGCGCCAGCUCGACGCCGAGAGCCAUGGCCUCGAACCGCCGCUCGCCGUCCCCGCUGCUCGUGCGGGUGUCCGAGACGGAUCUCCAGCAACCUCUCCACCGGAAGCUGGAACGCUACUUGCAGAGCCGGCGCUCCGGCGGCGGGGAGUGCACCGUUAGACCCCUGGGCCCGGGCGCGCCGGGCACCUUCGUGGUGGAGUUCGUGGAAAGGGCAGCUAAGGAGGGAGUGUUGAAAAAGGAAAAGCACCAAAUUGUGGUUAAGGACAAACCUGUGCCUAUCUUCCUGGAACCCACCGAAAAUCCAAUAGAGAAAAAUAGGAGACCCAGAAUGUCUUCGCUCACACAGUCACAUGAAGGGGUGAGGUCUGAUGAGAAGCAUCCACCUGAAGAACAUAUUCCUAAUGCUGUGGAUUCCUGUGGCCAAAAGAUCUUUCUUGCUGUCACAGCUGACCUGAACUGUAACCUGUUCUCUAAAGAGCAGAGGGAAUACAUAACCACUCUCUGCCCCAAUGUCAAAAAAAUGGAGGGCUACAAUGGAAUCGAGAAGGUGUGUGGUGACUUUGAAGAUAUUGAAAAAAUACAUGGGUUCUUGAGUGAGCAACUCCUAAAAAGUGAGCGGAAACAUGAAUCUUCCCUUUUGGCAACAGAGAGGGAGCCAAUCCAUCAGCAGGGCCAGAACAGCUGUGUUUCUCCCUCUGACCGAAAAACCAGGUCACAAGGAAAAAGCAACCAUUAUAAAGUUUCCUUGCCUUUGUUUGAAUACUUCACAUAUUUCUACCCUGAGAACGUGGACUUGGUGGAGAAAAGACUUGGUAUAAAAAUAAAAAGGCAGGAAAGUUCAAAUAUGGUCUCUAUAGACUUUACCUCAAGUCAAUCAGGUGACAUCAGAGUAGCUCAAGAAUCUUUUAUCAGUGAAAUUCAGAAGACCAUAGGAACCCUGAAGCUGGAAUGUAUUGUUUUAGCAGACAGUAAGCAGGCAAAUAAAAUCAAACAGAAAUUGAGUCACAAGUUCCCAAAGGUCUUAAUAAAAGAGAAUAGAAGUCAAUUAAAUCUCAUUGGGACUCAAGAUGACAUUUCAGCCGCCAAGUAUUUUCUUGACCUCCAAAUCUGUGAAAGUUUUGUCGGGGCACCUGUGGAAAUACUGCCUGCCAGGGGUAUAACGAAUGAAAUUGAGGUUGACACUGCUCGCUAUACGCUUUUAGAAGCUGAAUUAGUCCAGGACAUAUUGGCGAUAGAAGAAAAGUACAACACUCAAAAUAAGGUUUUGGGGAGAAAUCAGAAAACCCACAUCCUGUUUGAACCCAGGUGCAAGGAGUUGGAUCUGUCUGUGCAUGCUUGUGCAAGUUUCAUCGAUGCCUAUCAACAUCUCUCAUGUCAGCUGAUGACAGAAGUUCUCUCACUGAAACCUUUGGGCAAGGCGAGAAAGCAGUUAUAUGGGACCAAGUUCAAUGAUGACUUUAAAAAAAGGCAUCCAUAUGUACACUUUAUGAUAAAUCAAGAGUCAGUGAUUUUGACUGGGUUGCCAAAUCACCUUGCAAAGGCAAAGCAGUAUAUCUUUAAAAAAGAGGGAAUGUCCCAUUUAGCAGGAGAGAAAUGGAAUGAGGAUCACGAAACACCCAUGGACAUUGAUAGUAAUGAUUCAGAAACAGCUUCACGAGCGUUCGAGCACACUGCCGGUUCUGAGGCAUCGGGAGUGGGCAAGGAAGAGGACCGGUGUGUCAUCUGUAUGGAGCCCAUUACAGACGAAAUUGUGCUAUCAAAGUGCAAGCACAAAUUCUGCGGCCCUUGUAUCACGGAAGCCAUGACGUAUAAGCCAGUCUGUCCUAUAUGCCAGACUUCCUACGGUGUCCAGAAAGGGAAUCAGCCAGAGGGAACCAUGAAUGUCACUUACAUAACCAGGUCACUUCCAGGUUACGAAAGCUGUGGCACCAUCGUGAUUAAUUAUGAUAUGAAAGGAGGCAUACAAACAGAAAAGCACCCAAAUCCAGGAGAGAAAUACUUUGGAAUACAGCGAACUGCCUUCUUGCCUGAUAAUGAGGAAGGAGGGGAGGUUUUGAGAUUACUUCGUAGGGCCUUUCAACAAAAGCUGAUUUUCACAGUGGGAGACUCUCGAGUUUCAGGAGCGUCAAAUGUCAUUACAUGGAAUGAUAUCCAUCACAAAACGAGCCAACGUGGGGGACCAGAUAGGUAUGGCUACCCUGAUCCCAAUUAUCUGAAACGUGUCAAACAGGAGCUGAAAGAUAAAGGAAUUGAGUAAGAAGACUGCUGGAAGGACAUCUUGACCCACACUUUCAAAAGAAACAGUUGAAAAAGCAGAGUAAAUACCAAUCUAAAUCCUUAUGUAGAAUCACCUUUCUAAAAUGUUUAUCUCAAGAAGGGGUUCAUGUAAGAGUAAGAAUCUGUAAUCUGUCAUUUCUGGAAUGUUACUUUUCAUGGAAGAUAAGAGCCCCAACGAUGUGUGGGAUUUUGCUGCAGAGUUAUUGUGCCUCAUCCUUUGUUGCGGGGGGGGGGGGGGGGGGGAGCGCUGUGGGUCUGAAAUCAUCUUCUAUGUUCUUCACUUGAAAUGCUUGCUGCCUGUAGGUCCUCUUUUUAUUACCACCUCUGGGGUGGCCCUUUAGUCGGUUGGUUGGUUGGUUGGUUUGCCCUUUUAAGUACCCUAAAGGUAAAAUCCUAGUGUGAAGGUUGGGGGAGGCUUUGGUUAUGGAAAAUUAAGAGACACACGUUCCCCUCUCUCAUGGCCAGAAAAGUGGCCUGGAGCAGAGAUUGGACAACCUUUGGGAAUAAAUAGCAUAUGGCUAUUGUUUUUCAUGACGCAGAGCCUGGUCUACAGUUGGUACUUAAUACAUUUCUGCUGCCUGACUCAGAUUGCUAAUAACCCAGCAGAGGGAUAGAUGCUCCCUAAAUCUUUAGCAGAGGCAGGAGUAAGAAGUCAUUUCCAGAGUGUCCACCACCGAUUUGGAAAACUGCAUUUCUUAUGCCAACCACUUGGCCUCUGAACUCUGAACUCUGGCCAGGCCUCUAACUUAGUCCUCGCUCGUCCCAUCCUUGUAAUCUGCUAUAUGGGGUGCACUUACCAGCCAUAGUAAUGCUAUACAUUUCUGAACAUUUUGUUUCCUCUGUACUUUUGAGUAUAUCCCACUUCCAGUUUUAGUAUACAUAAUCUAGCUUUAGUUUCCCAUGACUGUCAUUUUCUCAGUAACUGAAGCCCCACACCCCAGGAGUAGUUUAUCCAUCCUUUUACUGCGUCCCACUAAGUCAUGUUUUCUUCCCUAAAAUCCUUCUCCUUGAUACUCUCUGGACAGAAAAGGCAAGAGUUGAGCCUACUAUAAGGAAUAUAUGAGAUGUCAAAAUUUACUUUUAAAUGGUUCUCCAAGCCAGAAGAAAGAGUAGCAAAUUAUCUGGUUAUCCAUGCCCCAGUCUCUCUUCAAGAAUGAUGAAAGAGAUGUCCUUUUAUUUUCCUAAAGAUACACGUAUACACUCAUAUACAUUUUUGGUCAGAGGGUUAAUACUUACUGUGGAUUUAUUUUGUCUCCUUUAUAAGAGCUUUAUAUCUGUUUGAUUGAAUCUGUUAGUAUCCCCAUUUUAUAACUGAGAAAAUUGAUGCACAGAGAGGAUACCUUGAUAAAGGUCACAUAGUUACUGCGUAGACAUGCUGGGAUUUGAAGGAGACAGUCAGGCAACAAGGCUUCUGGCACCGCAGAGCUAUACUGCCUCCUGCAAGGGUUCUUCUCCAUGGAACAGGCUGAGGAAUUCCCGUUAUUCUGCGCUUGUCUCAGAAAUGGAUUAUAGCACUCACAGCAGAUUUCCUCUGAAGAAAUCCUAUUUGAAGAAUUUAAAACUCAGAAUUUUUUCCUUUGUCCAGAAAGUUAAGGGACCUCAAAUUAAAUGAUAAGUCUUUCUUUAAAAAAAUCAGUUCAUGUAUUUGGUUUUUGGUGAUCAAUAAAGUCUUUACCACUAUGAUUAAUUGUUUUGUAUCUACUGAUCUUUUUGCUAAACUUGCUUCAAAAAAACCCCAAAAGUUUGGUUCCUGGUAAGGUCUGCAUCCUUGAUGGCAAUGUAGUGUGUGCAUAGACAGUUUAAUGGUGUGAGUGCUUAGUGAGCCUUUGGAUUGCUGCUUUUGCUCUGUAGAAGGUAUUAUCAUCUAUAUCUGCUUUAAAUAAAGUUAUAUCCAUACUAGGAA